UGCAGUCACUCAGUGGGGAAAGUGUAGAGCUGCUGUGUGUGAAGUCUCAGCAGUGCACGGCCCCCUCUGACUAUAAACACACACAGAGGACACAGAAGGAGCAGAACGGGCUGAAUGAAGGCAAACCCCUGCACAGCCUAUGUGUGAAGUGUACAUGCCUUUCUGUGGACAGACUGGAGUCCUGCUCCCAGCCUGGAACAGCUCACCAGUAGAGGAGAAGGGCAGCGAUGUUCCACAGACUCAAACAUCCCUGGACACAAGGCUCUAUUUUGUCCAGUGGGACAAAAAGUGAAAACUCAAGGCUGAUCAUAUGUGCGAUAGACUUCUGAUUCUGCUGGGGUUGUGAAAGAAUUAAACUUUUUAAAGAGGAACUACCCAGGAACCACCUCUGUAAGGACCUUCCGUUUUCUCUUUGGCUCUGUGGCCACGAGACUGUGGGAUAUGUUUCCCUACCUCUGGCUGUGGUUGGCAGCCUUAUUGGUAAGGGUGGCUGGUGUGGCAGAGGACCAGCACCCCAGCCCUGAGGGCACUGCUGGCGCUGGUAGCACCAUUGGCAGCAGUAGUGGACGGCGCUACAACCGUAUCCAGCAUGGAGGUUGCACCUACACCUUCCUGCUUCCAGAGAAUGAAGGCAGUGGAGCUCCCUGUUGGGAUGGAAGGGCAAGGUCGAGAGCAGGGGGCCAGUACGAUGGCAAUGCUCUCCAGAGAGACGCACCACAGCCGGGACAGCACUUCUCUGAGCAGAAGAUCCAGCGUCUGGAACAUAUCAUGGAGAACUACACCCAGUGGCUUCAGAAGAUUGAGAGCUCCAUCAGGGAGAGCAUGCGAACAGAACUGGCUCAGCUGCAGCAGACUGCAGUGCACAAUCAGACAGCUGCCAUGUUGGAGAUGGGAACCAGUUUACUGUCCCAGACAGCUGAACAGACAAGAAAACUGACAGACGUGGAGACGCAGGUUUUAAAUCAGACAUCAAGACUGGAAAUCCAGCUUCUGGAGAACUCCCUCUCGACCAACAAGCUGGAGAGACAGCUGCUCCAACAGACGAAUGAAAUCAGCAAGCUCCACGACAAGAAUGGGUUUCUGGAGCGGAAGAUGCAGGAGAUGGAAUCGCGGCACCAAAAGGAGCUGCAGUCCCUGUGGGAGGAGAAAGGAAGCCUGCAGGAUCUGGUGAGACGGCAGAGUGGAGUGAUCCGAGAGCUGGAGGCCCAGCUUGGCCAAGCCACUGGAAACAACAGCGCCCUCCAGAGGCAGCAGCAAGCGCUGGUGGACACGGUCAGCAGCAUCCUCAGUCUCUGCUCUCGAGAAGGAGACAAGUCCCAGCCGACCAGAAUGCACGUCCCCCUGAACAAAGACUGGUGCAUCAAUAAUAGUCUCAAAGUUGCUCCGAACAUCUCGAAGCGGGCAGAGGAAGAAAGGAAGUUUCGAGAUUGUGCUGAUCUUUUCCAAGCUGGGUACAAUAAAAGCGGAGUGUACACCAUUCAUAUUGGUACACAGGAGAGCAAAAAGGUGUACUGUAACAUGGAGGUGGCAGGAGGGGGGUGGACAGUGAUUCAGCGGAGGCAGGAUGGCAGUGUGGACUUCCACAGGACCUGGAAGGAGUACAAAAUGGGUUUUGGGAGUCUGUCUGGAGAGCAUUGGCUGGGGAACGAGCUGGUGUUCCUCCUCACCAGCAGGAGGCACUAUGCUCUGCGGAUUGAGCUUAUUGACUGGGACGGUCACCUUGCUUUCUCCCACUAUGACAGGUUCCACAUUGGCAGUGAGAAGAAUAAUUACAGACUGUUCCUGUGGAGCCACAGUGGAACCGCGGGCAGACAGAGCAGCUUAGUCACCCAGGGGGUGGACUUCAGCACCAGGGACAUGGACAAUGACAACUGCAUUUGCAAAUGUGCCCUAAUGCUGACUGGAGGUUGGUGGUUUGAUGCCUGUGGUCCAUCAAACCUCAACGGCUUGUACUACAUGCACGGACAGAACAUCGGUAAACUCAAUGGCAUCAAGUGGCACUACUUCAAAGGCCCCAGUUACUCCCUGCAGGCCACUGCCAUGAUGAUCCGACCCCUGGACUUCUGAAGGAAUCCUUCGCUUUCAAUCCAUUCUGCUGAUGAUACUUUCCACUCAGGCUGGCUUGGUCCUGGGACAAAGUUCUUCCAGGUUCCUGAAAACCUCUUUGCAUGCAAGGACCAGGUCGUGGAAAGGAGCCCUCACUCAAAAAGUCUGUCACUGCACAGCCAAAUGUGACUGGGUUGCUCUCAAAAAACUGUGCAGACAAAUGCUGUGUGAGGGAUGCAGUUAACAAACUGUAUCUCACUAUGCAGGUCUCACUGUGGAGUCAUGGGUAACCAUUUGAGGCCAGAUGAAACACGACACUGCCACCUUGUGUAAUUUGUGUAGGACAUUGGGGAUUUCAAUGCCAUAUUUUCUUCAAUGUUUUUUCAUAUGGAAAAUGUUGUAUUUUGAUGUGCUAAAGGCUAGAGCGAAAAGCAAGAAAUUCUUUUUGAUGUGUUAUCUCAGAUUGGUACAAGAGCCUGAGAUGUAGUAUUAAAUGUAUUUCACCUUAGGCAUGUGUGGUGUAGAGGGCACUAACUGCAAGUCAGCAACAAAAGUUUUUAGACUACUUUUGUUUUAAAAAAUUUUUUUAGAAAUUAAAGAAGUCUGAAAUUCUUUAUAUUUUUUGGAAACUCAGAUAGAGUCAGGCUUUCUUUAGCAUCCGAAAGUUUUAGCAGGACCUCCACCUACAGUAUAGAGAAAGGCCUCAUUGUUACUUUCAUUCUGUCUUAUUCAAGAGACACAAAACAAAUUUAAUAAAUGAUGCCAAACAUUUGUACUUUU